UCGCUGCCACCAGCGCGUUAGCAAUCACGAAAUCACGUCUCACGCCGUUCACCACCAAUUCAUCGCAUUCCCGAGCACACACGAAGCCAUGAGUGGCCCAGUCGCAUCGGCAGUCGUGCUGCCAGAGCCGGACGAAGCACCGCCCCCGCUAGCCUCGCCGUCGACCACGCUCAAGAGACGGCAGUCAUCCGUCACCGAGGACAGCGUGAAGCGGGCACGCACCAAUGGCGAUGAUGCGGCAGAUGAGAGCAAGCCAGCUGCACCGAAGCGGAGGGAAAGAGGGAGAGAGCGCAGAUUGUUUGGCGCAGUACUCGGUGCAUUGUCGCAGAACCCUACGACUGCAGGACAGAAGCGUCGGUCGGAGAUUGAGAAGAGGCAGCAGGCCCAGCGGAGGCAGGAGGACGAGGAGAGCGAGCAGAGAAAGGCAGAGCGUUUGGCGAGGCGAAAGGUGCAGAGGUGGAAGGAGCAGAAGCGAUGUGAACGACAAGCGAUGAAAGUGCGGCACGACAACAUGCUGCAUCUGGCCCACUUCCUGUACACCAUGACGGAACCGCGACUCUACUACAAGCCCUGGGAGAUGAGCCCGGAAGAGCAAGACCGUAUUGACGACCAGAUCGCUGAGGCACGAGAAAUUAUACGACGUGAACAAGACGAGUACAAAGACCGCCAAGAAGAUGAAAGACGGAAAGAGCGACAGACGACGCCAGACGAGAGGGCGUGUCGUGGGACAGCUGCUUCACCAAGUGGUAAGAACCACGAUGCGGACCUGGCCCAGUCACGCGCUGGGGGCGAUGAAACCACAAACGGUGGAGCAGCGCACCCUCGAGAUCAAGAGAUGCAAGACCAGGACGCAGAAGAGAGCACAGACCAAGCAGCCGAACCACCACGACCGGAGGAACCUGCCAUGGACGCUCGGUCACCCGAGCCUGAAGCCAAUGCUGACGAGCCCAGCAAGGACGCCGACGAAGAGGUCGUAGAAGCCGCCGAAGACACAGUCAUAUACUAGAUACCCUAUGCAUCACAACCGUCUUUCAGCGCUUCUGCAACCUCAACAUAGGAACCAGUCUCGAUAUCUUCCAGUAUACCCUUCUCUUUGAUCUCCCACCCAAGCUCCUCCCUAGCCUUCCGGUUGCUAGCCCGAUUCUCGACAGA